CCUCUAACUAACCACCAGCGAUCAAAACAGUCUGCACACUAGCCGGUAGAGUACUUACAUUACUGGCGAAUGCCGAUGUUACGCAGCGAGGUAAGUCCAAUCCGGCUCUCGUUAUAGGCUAGAAGUGAAGUUCGCAGUUAGGGGCCACUCAUUGUGGAUCGGAACGUUUUCGCGACCUGUUGCUUCAAAACAAGACGGAUAAAAUAGAUAACCAUCAUUCCGCGAGCAUCGAUUACCCGCCAAGAGGUUGAACUCGACGGACUGGAAAAGUGUGUGAUUAGAAAAUAACCGAGAAGUGUAAUUGGAGCUAAAGAUUGAAGUUGAAAGUGAGCCGUGCAGUUGAUUUUUUCCCCGUGGUUUCAAGUUCAAGUGCUAUCGCCUCCUAAAAAGAAAUAAAAAUGACGUUCACAGUAAAAAUAUUUCUAAUAUCUGUGUUCGUUAGCAGCAGUUUUAUUAUUUACCAUUUUAUAGAUGUGCAAGCGCAACAUCUACUCGCCCAGGCGCUGUACCUUGGUGAUCCGGACGCGUUCAACACCACUAAAGAGGACUGCGUGUGGAAGCGGGAAGGAGCGGAUAACCUGUGCCCGGAUCCAGCCAUUCGCAUCAUCAUGUACACAUCUGGUAUCGUGAAGGAUAAGCUAGUGUUCACUAUGGAUCACCCGGAUUGGUUAAACGACUCCGAGUGGCAGCCCGCAAAGGAAAACAUUAUUCUAGUUCAUGGUUACGCCGGUGGGGACGACACACUGCCGAUCGCGGUUUUACGAGAUGCAUACAUCAACCACGGAGGAUAUAACGUGUUUUUAGUAGAUUGGGGAACAUUAGGACAGCCACCAUGCUAUGUAGCCGCGGUUUACAACAUCAGACCGGUUUCGGUGUGCUUGGCAAAACUGUUAAUGCGUCUUCGUGCGCUUGGACUUCCACCGGAAAAGACAACCUGCGUGGGGCAUUCGCUGGGAGCACACAUCUGUGGAUUGCUAGCUAACUUUUUAAACUUUAGAAUUGAGCGUAUUAUCGCACUCGAUCCGGCACGACCUCUCAUUAAACCCGGAAACAUCAACCGCUUGGACAGUGGAGACGCCAAAUCGGUGCAGGUGAUACACACUAACGCCGGUCAUUAUGGUGAGGGAGGACGAGUUGGUCAUAUUGACUUCUGUAUCAACGGAGGACGACGCCAACCAUAUUGUGGCAAUAGCUCUAACAUAAACUUGUGUAGCCACAUCUGGGCAGUGUGUUAUCUAGCGCAGUCACUCUUCGAGGGCUCGGAGCCAAUGGCGGAGCCUUGCAAUCGGCGAUGCCCUACGAGUGUUUUGCUACCGACGGCCAGGCAACGAAGUGGUCGCUUCGGCUACGCGGUAGGAUACGCCAUUCCUAUGGGACAAAAAACUCCAAUGAGCGCAUCCGGAUCGUACUGCAUCAAAGACACACAUCCACCCUUCUGUCCUUCGCAUGCUGGUGCACCAGGAGAUAAAAGAUGCUGCAUUUAGUGUAUAAACAAAACAUAAUGUGCCAACCAUUCAAUCAUGUUGACUAUUUGUCCUGUUGAUCGAUGAGAUCGGACAAAAAACUCGUGCCGAGAUAAUCCAAAGUACUGUUUAAAAUCCAGAUGGGUCCUAUAAUCAUUUUUGACUGAUAAUGGUAGAUUGUUAUUAUGACUUAGCUCGUUAAGCUUAUAUAGAUGUUGUUUUUUUCUGUUGUAGCAUGACAAGCAACAUAUUGUUAUGUCGUGUCUUAGCGUUACCCCUAGUAUUUGUGAAGCUAUUAUUUUACUAGUUUCUAGAUACGUAAUUCUCACUUACCAGUAUCAUAAAAUACAGUCCUGAUGAAAUAAAAAAUGUAUCUACGAGGAGAAUCACGAUACGAGUGAUAGUCUUGUACACGAUGUAAAUAGGUUUGUUACCUAGAUAAAUCUAUUUACAUAGUUAGGCACAGGGGCGACACAUGACUUUUAAACGUACCUGUUCAAUUAUAAUUUCUUAAAAUCACAGUUUGGGGACGUAAUCAAAUCAUGUACGCGAAAAAUAAUAAAAUAUAAAUAUACAUAUGGAUUUGAAAUUCAUUUCUCGUCUGACGUCCCCGUGUUCAAUGCGCAGGUUGCACCUAUGGACGAGGACCUAUGGUUAGGAAGUGGAACAUACUCAUAUCUUAGAUGAGUUACGAUAUCUAGUGACUGUUAAGUAAGUGAUUAUUAUAUUCACUGCAAACUGUUCGUAAACAUUUAUGGAAAGCGUAGUUCUGGUUUAGAUUAAUAACGAUGCAGUAUGACCAUACGGUAUAAUUUUAAUUCGAUGACAUCUCAAAGUUAUUCAUAAAAGUGCGUAAUUUAUUAAUAAAACUAUUGUCUAAUCUGGAGUAGAAAAGCACCAUGUUCUACCUUGAAGAUCCUUUCGGGUCACGUUAGUAUUAGCACACGUGCAAAAUCAUCUUCACUGUCACUAUGCACUUCUUUACCGACAAUGUCGAAUGAUAUAUUAUCAGCCAUCCUGAAGGGAUAGUUUCCAAAUAUUGUUCCAACAGUGUGAAUAAUUUGGAGUUUGGAUUGUAAAAGGAUUCAGUGACAAGAUCAUCUGAAGUUUCAUUUAAAAAUCAUGAUUUGAAAGGAAUAUUACUUGUGCAUACAUAUAAAAUAACACACUUUCAAGGACACUUUGGAAUGGUUUUUUCAAUUUUUUUCAAAUCUCGAAUGAAAUGAGCAAAUUAACACUUCCCGCAAAUGACGUUUAUUUGGCACAAAAUUAAACACUUUCGAACAACUAAAAAUAUUUGACGCUACAAUAAAAUCACUAACGUGUCAAAGCGAUUUUAGCAUGGUUCAACACGUUUUAGAUACAUAUGUCAAAAUCAAUAGGUAUUUACUGCUGUCACCAUCUGUUGAGGAAAGCGAGAACAUAGUUGCGCACCUAUUAAAAUGCACAAACUCACUUUCUGACUAGUUUGGAUACAAACAGUCCAUAAUUGAAAAAUAAAAUAGGCGAGUUAAAUUCAUAAAUUUCGUAAAUGAGCAUUUCCCGCUGAGACCGGCUCACUAUUUACAUGAUGGUAUUGAAAACGUUUCAAGUUAUGUUUUUUUGGAAGCCCAUGUUGAACAAGUAAAGAAACUGCAUUUGGUUGAUCAAAUUGAUGGACCCCCCAUUAACUGGAAAUCAACACUAUUUUAAAAUUUUUCGUUUUUCUUCAAAACAUGGCUCACCAAAAUUGCACUAACUCUUGAAUUCUCUAUGAAAUUACCUAAACCAACAUAUCAUUAGAAACGGAAAAGAUAAUCUGUAGGGAAAAAUGCCCGCCAGAACGUUUCGUUUUUGAAAGCUGUUAGAAGUCAGGUGAAGCUUUGGAUAGAUUUGGCAAGCUGCCACUACAGUCGAGAGAUGCCUCAGUGAGACAGUGGCAAUAGGGUUCGGAAACUUUAAAAAGACAUCAAUCCUCCCAAAUGCCUGCAAUUCCGUCUAAUAAAAAAAUAUUGGGUAAUUUUCACGCGAAAAUUAAGAAAGAGUGCUAAAGUGAACUAAAGUGAAAGAGGGAUGCCAUAAAGAGAUUAUGGAAUAAAAAGGCCACUGAAGUUAUUCCAAAAUAUAUACGAAAAUUCAUCAAAGCUGCUACGGAGUAUGUUUAUGUUAUUUUUUGGAAGAAAUCAGUAUUUUGAUAUAGGAAAAUUUUUUGUUUUUUAAGCAAUCCCGAGAUACUAUACUUGUAUUGUGAUUCUGCUUUUCAAAU